AUGGCGAGAGUCCCAGACGUCCGUUCCACAACCGCGAGCGCUCCAUCUCAUCAGGGGUAUGGAAACAAUGUAUCCAGUAACGGAAUGGUGGAUGGCUGUAAUACCUUCAAGGCUGCUGACAUGGUCAUUGAGCUCUCUCAGGACCAGAAGGCCAAACCGGACCUGACCAACCUGGUGUUUGGGACUGUGUUCACGGACCACAUGCUGACCAUCGAGUGGUCCAGUGCGGAGGGCUGGCAGAAGCCCCACAUCAAGCCGUUUGGCAACCUGCCCAUGCACCCCGCCUGCUCAGCCCUGCACUACGCAGUCCAGCUGUUUGAGGGGAUGAAGGCGUACAGGGGCCCAGAUGAGCGAGUGCGUCUCUUCAGACCCAUGCUCAACAUGAACCGCAUGGCCAGGUCUGCUGAGAGGGCCUGUCUGCCGGCCUUUGACAGGGCAGAGCUGCUGGAGUGCGUGCGGAGGCUGGUGGAGCUGGACCAGAGCUGGGUCCCCCAGUCCGACUCGGCCAGCCUCUACAUCAGACCCACCUUCCUAGGCACAGAGGCGUCCCUGGGGGUGAAGAAGCCGUCCCGUGCGUUGCUCUACGUGAUCCUGAGUCCGGUGGGCUCUUACUUCAGCACCGGCGUCAAGCCUGUGUCCCUGUGGGCCGACCCCAAGUACAUACGAGCCUGGAGGGGAGGAACCGGCGACUGCAAGAUGGGAGGGAAUUACGGUUCGUCUAUCUAUGCUCAGAAUGAAGCUGUGGAUUAUGGGUGCCAGCAGGUGCUCUGGCUGUACGGCGACGAUCACCAAAUCACAGAGGUCGGCACCAUGAACCUCUUCCUCUUCUGGACCAAUGAGGAUGGAGAGGAGGAGCUGGCCACGCCCCCGCUGGAUGGUAUCAUCCUGCCUGGGAUCACCAGACAGAGCAUUCUAGAGCUCACCAGGAAAUGGGGGGAGUUCAAGGUGACUGAGCGCCACUUGACCAUGUUGGACCUGCAGAGGGCUCUGAAAGAGAAAAACCUGGAGAAGCCUAAAUAA